CAUUAAAAUGGCAUCCAGCAGUUCAUCUGACUCUGAAUCGGUUGGCAGAAUGUCUCUGCUGCUUUGUUGGGCAGUGAUGGCUCUGCACCUCGCAACAGGGCUGGAUGCUGCCUCGGGGGUGGUGAACACUACAGAGGAUGAAGGGGUGGACUCCCAGUCACCAUGCCCAGCCGGGUGGCAUCAGAAUGAGCAUCGCUGCUUCUCCUUCUACCCUGUCUGGGCCACUUGGGCCACUGCAGAGUUGUACUGCUCCCAGCACAGAGGGAACCUGGUGUCGGUUCACAGCCCGGGUCAACAGGUGUUUGUCCAGGAUCUGGUCAGGAGACACACAGACCAGCCGGUCUGGAUAGGAGGCUACGAUGCAGCUCAGGAGGGGAUGUGGCUGUGGAGUGACGGCUCAGCUGUUGAUGGUUUUUACUGGGAGGAGGAGGAGCCCAGUAACUCUGGACAGGGGGAGAACUGUAUGGAGCUACACACUGGAGGUGGUCGGGGCUGGAAUGACGUGUCCUGUGGAGAGCUGAGGUUCUAUGUGUGUUCUAUGGAGACCAGAUCUGGUUCAGCAGUAAUGCCAAGUCAGAAUCAAACACACGAGAGAGAGCUGGUUGAAGAGGUGAGUAUUUAUGACGUCCUGUGGGAGACUGGUAAGAGAGUAGCAGAUGAGACCCUCUACUCAGCCUUCCUCAGAGGGAUGUAUUCCAGACGUCUGCCUGCCCGCUGCUACGCUGACUUCUGCCACCAGGAGGUGCUAUACCUGGACAGAGUCAUCACCAUGCUGCAGGUGCUGAUCAGAACAGUCCAGGGUCCUCCAGACAUCAUGCUGUUUCUCCAGAGAACACAUCAACGCUACCAGGAGUCUCUGAAGGAGGCCCAGAACCAAACUCCACCACACCUGAACCUGUCCUCCAUCCAGCCCUCUGCAGCCGUGCGUCAGUACCUCCAGAGCUUCCAUGACAUUGUGAAUGAGGAGCCCAUCUACUGGCUGGUGUCUCUGCUGCCCAGAGCCCUGCUCAGACCUUACCUGGCGAAGAACCUGCCCCUGAUUGAGAGGACCAGACCAGGCCCCAGCCCCUGCCUCUACCCCUGGCUAAACCUCUUCCCCUGCCCCUGCUACCAGUGGGGGGGAGAGGACAUGCAGUCAGACCAGAGAAACCAGAAGGAUGAGUCAGGGAUAUCUUACAGGCAUCUACUGGAGAAGUACCAGGAUGUGAUAGACGUCUAUAAGGCUGUCAACAUCUUCAGAGUCCAGAUGAUCAACGAGAAGGCUCUCUUCACCUCCAGUUGGUUUCCCACUGGUGACGAGGAGGAAGUGGAGGACCAACUCAGCCUGUGGUCUGAGGAGUCUGGACCUGACGUUAGGGUGAAGCUGUAGCAGUGCAGCUGUAGAAUACAGGGAGCUGUGUGUGUGUGUGUGGCUGUGUGUGUGUGUGUGUGUGUGUGUGUGUGUGUGUGUGUGUGUGUGUGUGUGUGUGUGUGUGUGUGUGUGUCUGGCUGUGUGUGGCUGUGUGUGUACGGCUGUGUGUGGCUGUGUGAGGCUGUGUGUGGCUGUGUGUGGCUGUGUGUGGCUGUGUGUGUACGGCUGUGUUUAUGGGUUUUCACACGGGGCAGGACUUUUCCUCUUGUCAGACAUAUUCAACUUAUGUUGGAAACUUCUCCAAAAUAACUACUAUUCAGACUCUAUUAAUGCAAUAACAUAAUGAAUGUAAAAAUCUAAUAAUUGUCAACAAAGGGGCUACAAUAAAAUAAAAAACAUUUAGGUAAUAAAAUCAAAGAAUAAAA